AUGAAUUCAUGCUUUCCGUUCGUCCGAUGCAAGAAGAAAAAUAUUAAAGACAUUUAUCUUGUCAUUUUGGGAUUGGACAAUGCUGGAAAGACCACAACUACCAGGAGCAUCAAGGGCAGUAAGUCUCGCGCUCCGUUAUUAUCAAACCCCACUAACUGUCAAGUUUCCAGCGAUUUGGUUGCCCCGACAGUGGGAUUUGAUCGAAUAGAAUUUUCCACUGGCAAGUUCCACGUUAAUCUAUACGACCUGGGCGGUGGCCGUACCAUACGAGAUAUAUGGAAGACCUAUUUUGCCGAAGUGCAUGGGAUAAUAUUUGUCGUGGACUCUAGUGAUACAGAACGUCUGAGUGAAUGCCGUGGGGUGCUUUCCAAGCUUCUGGCGCAUUCCUCGGUGUCCGGCAAGCCAGUGUUGUUUCCUGUUAGACUUGCGAAUAAAAAGGAUGUUGCUGAAGCACUGGAUGAGCCUGAACUAAUUGAAGCGCUGAAAUUGGACCAGCUGGUCAAUCAGUUCCGAUGUCCUUGUCGUCUGACUAGUCCUGUUAGACUUGCGAAUAAAAAGGAUGUUGCUGAAGCACUGGAUGAGCCUGAACUAAUUGAAGCGCUGAAAUUGGACCAGCUGGUCAAUCAGUUCCGAUGUCCUUGUCGUCUGGAACGAUGUUGUGCUUUGCUAAGUAAACAUAAAAAAUUGGACAAAGCAAUUCGGAUGGGCCUGCGAUGGCUGCUCGCCUACAUUGAAUCACAGCUUCCAGAUUUGGAGAAACGCAUUCGACUGGACACGGAAAAACAAGCUCGGGAACAGGCCUUGGAACGUGAAGCGCGACGAGAGCGAGUCCGUCUCGCCAGAGAAAGGCGCGAGCGCCUGGACAUGCAACAAGAUUCCAAUGGGGUGCAAACCAGCGCAGAUGGUGUUUCGGACCGAACGUACUCGGUCACCUCGAGUAAACACAGUGAUCAUGCCGGAAAAAUGGGAGAUGUAAGGAUGGAAGAGUCUGGUACUCCAUCAAGGCGGUUAACUGUCAUCGACUUGGAAUCUAAA